AUGAAGAGAUUUCGUAUUGAUACAAUCAUUGUUCAUAGUAUUCUAAUUAUUCUUUUAACUUUUAUUAAUUAUGGUAAGUCGACAAGUGUCCAUGCACAUACAGAUGAUCUUUUCACUGUAAAUAUUACUAUGACAAAUAUGAUAACAACAAAGGAAGAUGAAUAUGCAUAUGUUCAAUAUAAAUUACCCGAUGAAGAAUUAUGGAUUGUUGGAUAUUCACCAUUAACUGAAAUGAAUACUGUUCAUCAUAUGCUUACAUAUGCUUGUGCAAGUCCCGGUUCGGAUAAGGCAUUUUGGAUUGGUGCUGGAUCAUGUCGUGGUGAAAAUACGCUUAUUCAUGGAUGGGCACGAAAUGCGCCUCCAUUAACAUUACCUAAAGAUGUCGGUUUUGCUGUUGGUCGAAAUACUCCAUAUAAAUAUAUUGUUGCUAAUCUUCAUUAUUUAGCAAUAGUAGCAGGUGAUAAUUCUGGCAAUCAAAUAACUUUAAGUCGAAAACCACGUAAAUAUCGUGCAGGUGUUAUGUUAGGUGCUACAGGUAGUAUUCAAUUACCACCAAAAACACAUACUAUUCGAACACCAUUUUCGUGUUUAUACAAUGGACCACCUAUCUCUAUUUUUGCUAUUCGUGUUCAUGCUCAUGAUUGGGCUCGAGUGAAUUCAUUAUAUCGAGUACGUAAUGGAAAUAUUUCACAAAUAGUUAAAAGUAAUCCACAAUGGGCUCAAUCAUUCUAUCCACUUCCAUCACCUGUUCAAAUUGAAAAAGAUGAUUUUUUUGUUGGACAAUGCGUCUAUGAUAAUGAUGAUGAUCGAACUAUCUAUGCUGGAUCGACACAUCAUGAUGAAAUGUGUAAUGUAUAUGCGAUGUAUUCUUAUGAACCAUCAGCAACACCAACUGGUACACCUCCAAUUUCAGGAUGUUGGGGUGAUGCAGUCACUGCUAUGUCUCGUCUUAUACCGCCCGACAGUGUCAUUGCUCCAGCUAGUCCUGCUGAUAUUGGUGGUACAAAUAAUGAUAAAAUACUUACAAAACAUAUUGUCGAAGCAUCUAACGGUAAUGUAUAUAAAAGUGUUCACCAUUGGCCUAAUGUUCAAUCAUUACCAAAAGAACUUGGUCAAGUCGGUGGAAUUGCUUUGAAUAAUGCAAAUGAUGAACUUGUUGUAUUUCAUCGUGGAUCUCGAAAAUGGGAAUUUAAUUAUUUUGAUGGUGUUCGUUUUCGUGAUGAAAAGUAUGGUUCAAUUGAAGAAAAUGUUCUUGUUCAUAUUGAUGCACAAACAGGAGGAAGCAAAUCUCAAUGGGGUGCUAAAAUGUUUUAUAUGCCACAUGGAUUAACAAUAGAUCAUGAUGGAAAUUUUUGGUUAACUGAUAUUGCUUUACAUCAAGUAUUUAUGUUUAGACCAAAUGAUUUAACUCAUCCCGUAUUAACUAUUGGAGAAAGAUUUAAAUCAGGUUCAGGAAAUAAUCAAUUUUGUCGACCAGCUGAUAUUGCUGUUAUGAGAAAUGGAGAUUUUUUUGUUGCUGAUGGUUAUUGUAAUCAUCGAGUUAUUAAAUUCAAUCGUCAAGGUCAAUAUAUUAUGCAAUGGGGUCUUCCUAUGACUGGAAAAUAUGAUAACGAUGGUUUUCCACUUCCUAAUGAAUGGAAUAUUGUACAUUCAAUUGCAUUGAAUGAAGGUGCUCAAUUAUUAUGUGCUGCUGAUCGUGAAAAUUUUCGUAUUCAAUGUUUCAAUCCAUAUUCAGGACAAUUUCUACGACAAAUACAUGUUGAAAAAAAAGGAACUAAUGGUGCAAUUUAUGCUAUUGAAUUCGCUCCAAAUACGAAUGAACCAAUUUUAUUUGCUGUUAGUGGUGGAGCACAAACAUCGGCCAAAAAAAUCUAUAUAAUUAAUGCUGAAACUGGUGAUGUUUUGAAAGCACUUGAAAGAAAUGUGCUCUUGAAUUCACCACAUGAUAUUACUAUAUCAAAAAAUGCUGAUGAAAUCUAUAUUGGUGAAUUAGCAUCAUCACCAGGCGAUGCUCUACAUAAAUAUGAAUCAUUGACUAAUCUUGUACAAGAGUCUAACGCAUCGGCUCAUACUGCACAUGAGUUGUCAACACCGAAGAACAAAGAAUCUAAAAAAUUAUCAAUUCUUUAUCGACUUAGUCCUUAUCGAAAACAAAUUCGUAUUGCUCUCGUUGUAUUUAUUGCUAUACUUAUUCCAGCUUACAUUAUUUUCGUCAUUUAUUGUUUGCUUCAAAUACGAAACAGACGUAAACGUCGACCAUUGGAUCUAUAUACAAGUGAUGUGAAAAAUAGUCCUACUAAUAGUAGUUCAUUAUUUAGCAAGUGGAUAAAUCGUCCAAAAAGUUUUAAAGGAUUAGAACAAGCAAUUGAAGAAGAAAAUCAAUUAUUAAAUUCUGAUGAAGAAAAUCAAUUAUCGAAUUCUAAUGAAGACGUUAUAUUUAAAACAAAACAAAACAAUCCUGCUAUACUUCAAAUGACAGAUAGUGCGUGA